GCCGCGAGCGAGCGACGCUUUCUUUCAUCACACCCCUCCGAACCGAACCAACCCCUCAUAUUCAACACUGGCGCCAAUUUUCUCGCUGAAUUUCCAAAGCGGAAUUUCAUGCUUCCACGGUAGUACAACUAAAAGCUGGCAGAUGGCAUCGUGUCCAGAAUGUCGCCAGAAGCCAGCGAAUCCAAACCAAGCACCGGCCGGAGAACCGUCUGUGAUCAUUGCAGAAGACGUCGUAAGUAUACACAACACCACAUCCAACCUCAUAUCCAUCUCCAAAUCCAAUUCCAAUCCCCCUGUGUGGCUACCGCCGUGCACAGCUCUUGCUCAUCUUCAGCAGCUGUGCGUACCGCCAUCUCCAGAAUCCAUUAUCUUCGAUUUUAAGCACUAAUCACGAGAUAGGCAUUCGAUGUGAUGGCGAGUUUCCCUGUGCACCUUGCCGGAAUGCCUCUCUGAGCUGCAAAAGAGAUCAUAUUCCCAAACGGAGAGGUCCCAAACGCGGGACGGGCAGAGUCAUCAAUGAACUCAGAGCCGACGAUGGGAAACCAAACUUGAAGACGCAAUCAAGUGGAGGAUCCGCCACUGGAAGUCAGAGUACAGGCACCCCCUCGUAAGUGAUUCCCCUUAUUUUCUAAUAUAUGUCUUAUGUUCUCAGUGAGGAUACUCAUUGA